AUGUCAACCCCAAUCCCGCACCCAUUUGAUCCUCUAACACCACUGGAGAUCAUCCAGGCUGCAAACAUCGUCCGAGGCGAGUUCCCUGGGCAAUCGCCUAACUUUCGUGUUAUAACACUACAAGAACCACCCAAGAAAGAAAUGAUCCUUUUCUUGGAGCAGGAGCAUCAGGGCCAGCCACAAACAACGCGACCUGCUCGAAGUGCUCGUGUUCAAGUUAUAAUUAGCAAACAAUCGAGCUGCAAUGAAAUGGUCGAGCUCGUUGUCAAUAUCGAGAAAGGCAUUGUGUCGAAGAAAGAGAACUUGGCUGGGAAACAUCCAUACAUUGACUUCGCAUAUAUGCAGGCAGUUGAGAAGGCCUGCAGAGCCGACCCGAGAAUUGAGGUCGAGAUUCAGAAACUCAAGCUACCAGAAGGCAGCACCGUGGUUAUCGAACCUUGGGCGUAUGCCACGGAUGGAAUAAGUGACAUGACUGAGCGCACAACAAUGUGCUGGUUCUACAUGCGCCUUUCUGAAAACCAAGACGCGAACUACUACGCAUAUCCCUUGGAUCUGUGCGCUGAAGUAUCUGAGCAACUCCAAGUGACCAAGAUCUACCAUUUGCCCUCGUCUGAAGAUGACAGUGUUUCCGACGAGGCCCGACCAUAUGAUCACCAGAAGAUUCAUUCCCCCGAGCUUAGCGAGUACCACCCCGAUCUGCGGCCACCCCCUCGCACAUCGACAAAGCCGUAUCACGUCGUCCAGCCACAAGGCCCAUCUUUCCAAACCGAUGGCAAUCUCAUCACCUGGGAGAAGUGGACAAUGCGCGUGGGAUUCAACUACCGCGAAGGACUGACCCUCCACGACAUCCGCUACGACAACCGCAGCUUGUUCUACCGAAUGUCGCUAUCGGAGAUGUUCGUACCAUACGGUGACCCCCGAUCCCCAUUUCCCCGCAAGGGAGCCUUCGACCUUGGAAAUGACGGCGCCGGGAUCAACGCGAAUAAUCUCCGUCUUGGGUGCGACUGUCUGGGUGUGAUUAAAUACUUUGACGGCUGGCACAACACCAUGAGCGGCGAGCCCGUGAAGCUCCCAAAUGUGAUCUGCUGCCACGAACAGGAUGAUGGCAUUCUAUGGAAACACACCAAUUUCCGCACGCAGAAUGCGGUUGUUACUCGCUCGCGCAUCCUGGUUCUGCAGACUAUUAUCACGGUCAGCAACUACGAGUAUAUAUUUGCGUUCCAGUUCGGCCAGGACGCCUCUAUUCAUUAUGAAGUGCGUGCGACGGGAAUCCUAUCUACCAGCCCGAUUAAUAUCGGUGAUAGCGUCGGGUAUGGAACCGUUGUUGCGCCUGGUGUUUUGGCACCGUAUCACCAACACCUGUUUUCUCUUCGAAUGGAUCCUUCCAUCGAUGGAACGAAAAACUCUCUGCAGGUUGAAGAGUCUCACGCUUUGCCCAUGGGAGAUCCAUCGAUCCAUAACCCCUUUGGAGUGGGCUACACUACAAGUUCUAAGAUCGUCACUGAAGAAGGUGGACUGGAUUUAGACGUGUCUAAAAAUCGGACCUUCAAGAUUAUCAAUGAAGGAAUCGUUAAUCCAAUCACCGGCACACCGGUCGGAUUCAAGUUGCUGCCGUGCUAUAGCCAGAUGCUUCUCGCUCAUCCGCAAUCAUACCAUGCCAAGAGAUCGGAAUUUGGUAGCCAUGCUCUAUGGGUGACUCGGUACAAUGACGAUGAGCUCUAUGCCUCUGGGCGCCACACUAUGCAAUCACUUGGUGGCGAGGGAAUCAACUCAGUCAUCAAACAGAGGAGGGAUGAGGAACUUUCAGUUGGGGCGAAGACGAGCGUGCGUAAUGAAGAUAUAGUCAUUUGGCAUACUUUUGGAUCGACGCAUAAUCCGCGCAUAGAGGAUUGGCCGGUCAUGCCCGCAGAGAAAAUGGUUGUUGGAUUGAAGCCUGUGAAUUUCUUCUCAGGAAAUCCCAGUCUAGAUGUUGCUGUUUCUUCUCAGAGGAGUAACCAAAGUAUUUUGGUUGAAGAUUUCUAG